AUUUUUUUUUUAUUGCGACGAAUCUGUCAUUAAAUUUUUCACCAUCCAUCUACUAAAUUGUCGCUCGCAGUGAUCGUUGAACCUCAUUACUAAAAAUGACGUUCCUACCAAACAACAAACUAUGUGAAGAAUUGGAUUCUGCCCGCUGGGUUGUUACUUAUAUAUUCUAUCUUCUAGGACAGUACGGACAAGUGGCUGGAUUAGAUGCGAUUUAGCAUAUAACGUACAUAUAUGCAUAUGUCGUUUCGUGAAUCACGUACAUUGAAAAUGAUGAUAUAACCUUGUAUCGGUGAUACAAGAAUAACGACUCCUGAGAUCAGCAUUGGGCCACUAUUAAUAUUUCUAAGAACAAAAAGAAAAAUUGUGACCUUCAAUUUUGAUUUGGAUUUUUUUUUUUAAUAUAACACGUGAUUGCUUCACUAUUCUUCUUGGCCACAAGCUUGACUUUCCAAUAAUUUUGUUCGCCGAAUCGGGAAUAAAGCUCAAUUCUGUUUGAUUCGUGACAUCGUAAGAUUCGAUUUCUUGCAUGACGAUAAGGCUAAAACUAAACUACAUUCAAACCUCUAUAAAUUAAUAAGUUGGGACUACACCAGAACUAUAAUCUUUUUUAUUAAUUUAUAUAGAUAUUAAUUUAUCGAUAUACUAAUUGAAUCAAAAAUUCAAUUUAGGACAAAAAAAUUAUAUUAUUUUAUAAAUAAUUUUAGUGUAUAUUAAUUUUUAGAGUAUUAAUUUUAAAAAAUUAUAUUGUAGUUUACUUUUUUUCUCUCAACCGGCCACGCAAAAAUAAAAUAUUCUUAACAAGUAGUAAUAUCACACUAUCUCUGGUUUUCGCAAAUAUUUUAUUCAGGCAUUACAUUUGAUAUAUAUAUAUGUAUAUAUAUAUUUUUUUUAACAACAUAUAUAUAUAUAUAUAUAUAUAUAUAUGUUGUUAUAUACGUUCAUAUAUAUGACAACAUAAUUAAACAUGCGCACGGACUUUAUAUAAUUAAGCGCUUCAUUUCCGCAAACAUUAAAAUUAAUUUUCAUUUAUGAAGUAAAUAUAAAUGUAAAUAAAGUUAGAUUCACGUGAAGAUAUCAUAACCUCUUUCUUGUAAUUUCAUAUAUCGACCUAUGCGACAGUUACAAAAUAAUCUCUCAUUUGCCACAAAAAUGUUAGACAUGACUGAUUGGUAUCUAGGUAGUUAGAAGUGAACAAUUUGCUGCAAGCUGAGCAAAAUUAUUAUAUGCAUUUUGUAACACUAUCAUCAAGUUUUACAGAAAAUAUUUUUCUUUUAAUUUGGGUAAAACCAUCAUUUAAUUCUUAAUUAUCCAUCGACAAAAUUUUGUGGAAGUGAUUGUUCAACCUCGUAAAAGAACUGGAUUCUGCCAUAUGAACUUCUUUAGCUAUUGUUACAUAGAGGAUAUAGAAUAGCACGGGCCAAUUGCGGAGAAAUUAGAUGUGAUAUGCAUAUUACAUACAUAAGUGUGUGUCGGUAAACAUUGAAAAUGAUGAUAACCUUGUAUUCUUUUUCUUUUUUUUUCCUGAUAGAAUAACGACUCUUGAGAUCAAAUUUGGGCCACCAUUAAUAUGAUCAUUUGAAGAAGAAAAAUAAAAACUAUCUAUCUUCUUUGCCAUGACCUUGACUUAACAUAAACCUUAUUCGCUGGGGAUAAAGCCCAAUUUGGUUUGAUUAUUGACAUCGUAAUAUAUUCGAAUUCCAUGCGAUAAGGGUAAAACGGAACCACGUAGAUUACCUUUAUUGCACAAGUGGUCAUAAGAAAAUAUUCGAAUUCUUGAGAUGGUAUCAUGCGAUCUCGAGUUUUCUCAAAUACUGAAGAAGCGAAGGAGCUAUAGCCCUUUUGUAUGGCGCAUGAAAAAGUUAAGACUGUGUCAAAGAGGUGAGACCAAAAGUCCAAAGCUAAAAUGAUAGUAAAUUGGAUAGUCAACAUAUUAUUUAUUCAACUGAUGAAUACAUAUUGAACGGGUAUCUUAGAAUGUUUUGUAUACAUAUCUUGAAUACAAAUAACCGUUACAAAAUAAUUAAAAUUGCUAUAAAAUCUAAUAUAUUGCAGUUUUGUACAGCUCAUAAAUUUGAAAGAAUUACAUGAUUCGUCCGUAUCAUAUUAUUCUUCACAGCUAAGAUUUUGCUAUCUCCUUUUCUUAAAGAAGACUCAAACACUUCUUUGUCCCUUUCCUUUGGUAACAUUUUUGAUCCUUAACUCUAUUAGUCUGUAAAAGCCAAGAGUAACUCAACCGACCAUAACUCCAAAUUUUUACAUAUAUUCCAUAUAUUCCACUAUCUUAUCUUAAGUUAAGAUUCUCAACACUCUUUCAAUUUUUUUUUUUGAAUAUGGGAAACUGUUCCCCCCUGAAUCAGUUAGAUUUGAUAUAUUUAAGCUUCAAAAAACUCAUUCAUCAAUAGUUUUAGUUCAGUAAUUGGGUUUAUCGUAUGAUGAAAAAGGAUUUUCACUAGGUACAGAUAUACACGUAUGAUAUGACUUCGGUUAAUGGAAAAUAGAGUAAAACUGACUCCAAACUUAGAUAGUAACAUGAAAAUACUAAUUGAAUUUAUAAGUCCAUUCACAAUUUUUUUCUUUUAUACAGUUACUUGUAUAUGAAUUUAUGUGAAAUAAUUUAGUUUUCUAGAUUUGACUAUUUUCUCUUUCAUAGCAUUUGUUUUAAUAUUUUGUGUAACUAUUUUAUUUAAAACUUCUUAUGCUUUUCGACUAUGCAUGCCUUUUUCUCUUAUUACUUCUCUUUUUUUUUUCUGUUCUUACAAAAAUUAAUUGCGUUAGAUGGUUAGUACUUUUCUAAAAAUCAGACACGUAACAUUAUGUCCACAAGUCAGAGAACCAAGAUUCGAACAAUAGCAUCUAGAAUUUUCGUUCCAUUUGUCUGCACGCAUUCGUGAAGUUGCUACAUUCGUGAAAUUUUCAAAUAUAAGAGCACAUAUAUGGUCGAUCUUUAACACAUAACACAACAAGAACUCAAAGUCACUUCUCUCAUAUUGAUUCCAAAAUUCCUAAAGCUUUCCAUUUUACACUCCUGAUAUCUCAUUCCGAUAAAGAAAUUAUAAUCUUUCCCCUGAGUUGAAGAUUAAUUUUACAUAUCCUAAAAAGUUAAUUUCUUUCAAAAUCCAUACUAUUACCACCGAUGGAGAAGCUACAAAAGAUGGUCUCCGAGAAACCUGUAGUGAUCUUCAGUAAGAACUCGUGCUGCAUGUCUCACUCAAUCAAGACUCUCUUCAUUGACUUUGGCGUGAACCCAGCGAUCUAUGAGUUAGACGAAAUCACCAGAGGAAAGGAGAUAGAACAUGCACUCGCUCAGCUAGGCUGCAGCCCGACCGUGCCGGUGGUGUUCAUAGGAGGGCAGCUCGUUGGUGGAGCCAAUCAAGUCAUGAGUCUUCAUCUUAAUCGCUCUCUUAUCCCAAUGCUUAAAAGCGUUGGAGCGUUAUGGGUUUAGUAAUAACUAAACACACACACAUACAAAUCCCAUCAAGUCUGCACGUACGUAGCGUAAUGAUAUGCUGGACGACAACAUUAUUUGAGCAAUGGAAACACUUGUCGACAUUGGCUAAAGAGUAGUAGAACACCAAAUGUCAUUUUUGAUUUAUAAAGAAGGUAUACGUCGAAAUAUUUGAGCUGAAAGAUAGUCUAGAUAUUGUGAGUUUGUUUCAACUAAUGACAUAUUUGAGAAAAUUAAAAUUUAUUAUACAUGAAACACAAUGUGUUCAUGAGCAUAGAAAUAAAAUAUUAUGUUAUGUUCUCUUAUGUUAAGUUAAUAAUAGAAAAUAUAAAUUUGUUAUUUUUUUUGGUAGCUCAUGACAUAAACAUUUUAAUUUUUGUUGUCAUUGAUAGAGGCGGUGUAGAACUUGUGAGACUAGUGUGAAAGCAGGACAUGGUUAGAGUUGUGACAUUGUGGUCUAAUUUUCAUUUACAUACAAGUUUAAGUGUAUUUAAAUACUAUAAUUUGGGUUAUGUAUAUUGUGAGUGCAAUUCUGCUAAGAUUAAUGUGUUUGACAAACAUUUAAUUUGUGGCUCCGAUGAACAAUACACUACUUAGUUGUAUGCAGUUUUUGUAAGGGAUUAUAUAUAGAAAUGAUAAGCGUGAAAACUAACAUUCGAUAACUAAAAACAAUUGGGGAAAGAACUUGAGGACAACAAAUAUUUGGCCGAUUUGUCAGAAAACGUAAAAUAUUGGAGAUGGGUCAUUGUAUUAGAAUCUUAUUAUGAAAAACAAAUAGAGUGUGAGUAUCCACAUGAGAAUUGAGAUAAGAAGAAAAAAAA